AUGGACACCUUUGACAACUACACCAACAGAACUACACCACCUUACUACUGUAAAUUUAAUGAGGAUUUUAAAUACAUUCUGCUUCCUGUCAGCUAUGCUGUGGUCUUUUUGGUGGGCCUGGUGCUGAACACAACAGCACUGUAUGUCAUUAUACGCACUAAGCGCUGGAAUCCCUCCACGAUCUACAUGUUCAACCUGACAAUGUGUGACACACUCUACAUCCUCACUCUGCCCUUCCUCAUCUACUACUAUGCCGAUGAGAACGACUGGCCCUUCAGCGAACCACUCUGCAAGCUUAUACGCUUCCUGUUUUAUGCCAACCUAUAUGGGUCCAUUCUGUUCCUGUCCUGUAUCAGUCUGCAUCGCUUUGUUGGUAUCUGCUAUCCAGUCCGUUCACUCAACUGGGUCAGUGCUCGUCGGGCCAGGCUAGUGUCUGUGGCAGUAUGGGGCUGUGUUUUACUCUGCCAGGCACCUGUUCUCUACUUCUCAAGAACAAAGGAUGCAGCCAAUGAGAGGACUUGUUACGACACCACAAGCCCAGAGCUUUUUGAUGAUUUCCUGGUCUACAGCUCAAUUGUGUCAGUGCUCCUGUUUGCCCUGCCCUUCAUGGUGGUGAUGGUGUGCUAUGGCCUCAUGGUGCGGAAGCUACUUGAGUCUGGCUGGGGGUCUGAAGGGGGCGCUGAGGGUGAGAGAGGACGCCUGUCAGCCCACCGGUCCAAGCAGAAGUCAGUGAAGAUGAUCAUCAUUGUGCUGGCAACUUUCAUGCUAUGUUUCCUGCCUUUCCACCUCACCAGGAGUCUUUACUACUCCUUUAGAUACCUCAGGCAGAUGAAUCCGGCACAGGUCAGCUGUAGUUUGCUAGAGGCCUCCAGUGUGGCGUACAAGGUGACCCGCCCAUUGGCCAGUGCCAAUAGCUGCCUUGACCCCAUCCUUUACUUCCUGGCUGGGCAGGAAGUCCGCAGAGGCAUCACCAAGAAAAUCAAGUCUGCAUCAUCGAAACCAAAGACUAUGACCCUAUCCUUGACAACAGAACUUUGA